GACAUUUCCUGUCAGUUGUUAACCAGCCAAAAGCAUAUAGAACAGAGAUAAAGAUAAAUUAAAAUGGCUAGGAAAAAUGAUGCAUCAUACUGUUGAACUGAGAGUAAACAAAAGUGAUCGAAAGAUAGAGAUCUGGACGGAUUUAAGUGGAUUUGUAUCAAAGUUAACACUGACCACCCCAAAAGCAGAAGUUUGGGGGGACUUCAGCUGAGAUGUUACUGAUCUCCUUCAUUAUCACGAUGUCUGCUUCAACAAUUACUUCAUCUAUGGACAGAAAGCAGAGCACUGUAACACUUUAUGCAGAAGUUAAAACUUCACUAUCAGUACGAGUGGCUACAAAAGCUGUGCUCACUUGCCCUCCUGUGCUGUGGACAAGUGUGUUGGUAGUAACAUGGGAAAUGGUCCUCAGAGGCAAGCCGCCCUGCUUCAGAGCCUACAGGUGUGAUACAAAUCAGACCACAAGAGGAAACUGUACUGACAAGAGAAUAACCUGGGCCUCCAGACCUGACGAGAAUCCUGCCCUUCAGGUUGAUCCAGUGACCAUCACUCAUGAUGGGAAUUACACGUGUCAAAUAGUAACAAGUGAUGGGGUUUUCCAUCAUGAGUAUCACCUCCAAGUGUUAGUGCCCCCUGAAGUGACCCUUGUUCCAACUGAGAAGGGAACUGCAGUGUGCAAGGCAGCUGCAGGGAAGCCGGCUGCACAGAUCUCCUGGACCCCAGAGGGGGAUUGUGUCACUGAGCAAGAGCCUUCCCGGGGCAGCGGCACAGUGACCGUCCAGAGCACUUGCCGCUGGGGGGACCGCCAUGUGCUGAACGUGUCCUGCUCCGUCUCCCACUUGGCUGGCAGCAAGAGUCUGUUCAUAGAGCUGGAGAAAGGUAUCAGAACCCUGGGAUUUCCAGGAUCAGACUUACUGAUCAUUCUCUGCGUGAAAUUCUCUUUUGUUGGUUAUCCUGGUCUUUGUGGGAUUCAUCCACUUCCAGAGAACAAAUGAUUGCAGAUCAAGAAAAUAAAAAAAAUCUGGACAUCAAUUUAGACUUGAUGAGUUAUCACAGAAAAGCAGCCAGCUGAGAUCAACCUUCGUUUCAACAUCUAGCUCAACUGCUCUUGUUACUACUGGAAAUCUUUGUGUUUAGAAUCUGUGUGAUAGGUGUCAGGCUGGUUUCAAAUUCUUAGUUUACAUAUAUAUACACAUGCAAAAGCUUGUCACUUGCCAUCAUAAUUGCCUAGGAUGAUUCAUCUAUUUUCCCCUUUGCCCUAGUGAGUUCUUAUUUGCCAAUUAGAAACAACCCUGCUUCUCAGCCUAAAGAGAAAGAUGGCUCAGUAAAAGGCAAAUAACAAUGCUGUGCAGUUUUUCUAUACACGUUGGAUUAUUGGGUGGUGCUUUCAUCCUGUCUAUUAAUAGUUGUUUCCUCUACCCACUUGAGACAUUAAUCAACAUUGCAAUAGCAGGACCCACAACAAACACUGCCUUCAAGUCAGCCCGUAGCUAACCUUACAUUUCUUUCUUGCUUGCUAGUAAUUACUGAGACAUUUGUAUUGAAUGUUUGACCUGAUCAUUAAAUAAAUGUCCGGAAGUUGUUUUUAGUAGUACCUGUAUUUUUGAAGAAACUAUUAGUUGAUUCCACAUACAAAACUGCUAGUCAUUGGAGAGAGUGCUAAAUGUCGCCUCACCUUUUAGAGCUGCAGUGUCUGGAUUUCUUGUCUGCAUUACAAAAUGUGUUAAUUGUGAUAAGAGUAAGAGUACUUGGUGGAACUGUAACAACUUAUAGGGCCACUGUAAACUGGAACCUUAUCUUCAUUGAUAUUUAUGGUAAUCUAUAUUAAAAAGUAUACUUUUAUAUAAAGGAAAAAUUUAUUGUGUAAAGUGGCAGGUGAUUUGGGCUAUUACUUUUAUUUUAAGCAAAACUCUAAGGGAGAAAAUGAAUGCAUACUACCUGGAGAAUACUAAAAUAAGUAGAAUAGUCUAGUGGUUGAAACAAACAACUCCAAAAUCUCAGUGUAUUCAUGCACAAAAGUUUACUUUUUGCUCACUUCACAUACCAAUGCAAGCUAGUGGGGCUAGGGCAGGUGGUGGGAGGAAUUUUACUGGAAGCUAGAAUUUUAUGGCACUGCCUUUCUCAGAGUAUUUUCUGUUCAGCAAGUGAAUAGGAGAAAUAUGGAGAGAUCCAGAGACAGAGGACAGAGAGAAACGGAGAUAGAUGCAGGAUUUUAGUGGAAAUC